AUGUCAUUUAUAAGCAGAAUUCAAAUGGCAAGUUGGACAACCUGGAGACGUAGUAAAUCAUUACCAUUUUCUAAUCAUCACAAAUCGAUUGAUAAUGAUACAAAGACUACCAAUCAUCAGAUUUGGAAUAGUAAUCAAGAUAUUGAAUUUGGUACAAAGUCAAAACCAUCUACACCAAAAUCAUUUGCAGACCCAAUAGCUUCUACUACUGCUUCAAAGAAUUCUAGACUAUCAGAUGGUACGUCAAAUAACGAAAAUCUACGAACAUUGACUGAUCGAACAAACUCAUAUAUUCAUAAAGCACUGGCACUACAUUCAUUUCAUGCCCAAUCAAACAGAGAAUUACCAUUUAAAAAGGGUGAUAUUAUUCCCGUUACUCGACGAAUCAACGAUGAUUGGUUAGAAGGCGAGUUCGAUGGCAAUCUCGGAAUAUUUCCGUCUAAUCACGUUGAAUUAUAUCCGUAUGGUGAAGAUGAUAAUAGAAUGAAACCAUCAUCACAAAUAAUUAAUUUAGAGGGCGAAGCACUUGUGAAAUAUGAUUUUAUUCCUCAAAAUACGUUUGAAUUAAAAUUAAGAAAAGGUGAAAGAGUUGUUCUGAUUCGACGAUUAGAUGCAAACUGGUAUGAGGGACGAUUAAAUAAUAUUGAAGGCAUAUUUCCAUCAGCUUACGUUGAAACGUUAAAAGAACCAAUUGAUGUAUUAGGUAUUGGCUUAUUUUCAUCAUUAAUUUUGAAACUAUAUGCAUUACCAUACACGAAUGAUAGUAAACCACCUCGAAGUGCGAUCAGGCAACAACAACAACAGCCAACACUUCAGCAAUCAUCGGUUGAAAAGAUUCAUUUACCAUCCGCGCAAAGAAAUUACAGAAAAUGUCAAGUAUUGUAUGAUUAUACACCACAACAUCCGGAUGAAUUAGAAAUUCAUGUUGGAGAUAUUGUUAGCAUUGUUGAGAUGUGUGAUGAUGGUUGGUACGUCGGAACAAUUGAAAAAGAUGGAAAAACAUUACAAUUUGGCACGUUUCCAGGAAAUUACGUCAAACCAAUGAAAUAA